AUGGAUGUUAUGCAUGAAGACGGCGGAGGCAACCUUUACAACGAAGGAGACCCAUCGGACGAAAACGCCUCCAUAAUCCGACUGCUCAGGAUCUUCCUUGGCGCUGCGGUCGGAGACCAAGACGACGACAACACGCCCCCUUCGGCGCCGCCCUCCCUCCCCGACAGCACAAGUGCGCCACCAUUGCCUGCAACUUCACCAAAAGCACCGCCGCUUGGCCAAAGCCCUCUCACAGGAAAGCCAGACCCAUGCUUGUCGGGAGGCGAUUGUCUUGGCCGAAACAGCCCCAAGUUAUUAGGCCAGCCGCCAAAACUACAGCGCACGGCCGAAUCGGAGACCGACAUGGCGUCAGUACCUGACGCGCGCGAGCAGGCGGGCUGCGCGCUGUGGGACAUGUCCGCGGAGGAGAGAAACGCCUCUGCCAUGUGCUCCGCGGGCUUGGUCGCUGUUUCGUGCGCUGUUCUCCGCCAGUGUGCGAACGCGAUAGUCAGCGCUGCCGCGGAAGCGCGAGCCGGGGGCCUGUCCUCGUCGAAGAGUCUGAUGCCUGCCGAGGCGAAAGAAGCAGCUAUGGCGGUGGCACCCCCCUUGCCGCCGAGGGAACAGGUGGAAAGGCUGCGCGAGGUCACGUGUGGGCUAUUGGCGAACGUUUUCUCCCACCGGGGCCUUCGUCAGCAGAUCGCCGGGGACCUCGCCCUCGGACAGGAGCUCCUCGGGGCCUUCCACUCCACGGACGACCCCGCUUGUCUCACGGAACUUCUUCGGCUAUUUUCUACCGCCGCGCUCAUGAAAUCUACGGAGAGCGCCUAUGACGCCCAUGCAGCGGGGAGCACCAACGAUCCCGUCGGCGAUGGCAGAGCUGCAACAACGGUCUCGCCGGAGCCAAAUCGUAGCGGCGAGAUUCACGGUGAGGGUCACACGGGGGCGGGGGCUUUGCGGAUGGUAGCCGGGGCAGCAGGAGCAGCUGAGGCUGCAUCGGGGCCAGUGGAGCUUUCCUCCGAGCCUGCCGUCGGCGAUAAUCGGACCGCGGUUACUUCGGCUGCGAGGGAGAGAAACGAAGCCGAAGCCACAGCAGUGUCGGCAUCAGCGCCGAACACGGAAGGCGCAGCGUUGGCGAUAGCGGCGCGGGGGUCAGCAGGGCUUGCCUCCGGGAUAGCAGCGGGGGAGACCCUCGAGCGGCUAGCGUUCUUCUUGGGGAACUCUUUGGAGGAGAGGCUCCUGGCGUGGGCGUGCUCAUUGACUUAUUCGCUGAUGUACCGGCACGGCGAUGCGGUCAUACGUCCUCUUAUCGAGGUAUUCGGGCUGGAGAAAUCUCUGUGUUCUCUCCUCCAAUCCCGCAGCGGCGACCUUGCAUACGAGAAGCUGGGGGGCACGGAGACCGGGUUUGACGCUCUCCUGCGGUGUCUUGAAGUUCUUACUACAAGCAAAGUCUCGGGUGUCGGACCUCCCCCAUCUCCUGCAGCAGCCGAGCCACCGGUGGUCGUCGAACCGCCUGCCUUAAGGCAAGCGUCAGGAGAACUAUCACAGCAGCAGCAGCAUGAUGAACAGCCCCGAAAAAGACGAAAGCUGGCGGAGGAGGGUACGGCGGAAGGACCGACAAACGGAGGCGAGAAUUGCGAAGCGGUGUGUGAAGUCCAACCCGAGACGUCGAAGACAAGGCCAUCUCUUGGUCGAGGCGAGAUGAGAGGACGGGUGAUUAGGGGGCUAGUAUCCGCGCUCACCCCUUGGGAACAUUCACGCCGCAGCCAGAAGGCGGCGUUGCUGGUGCUCGGUAACAUUCUUGAGAAUGCUAUCGAAGAAGACGCUGGUGCUGUCGGAGGCGUCAAAUCUACGGAAGGGGCCAGGAGUGCGUCUGAGUCCUGCGCUGUGGAGUUGGACAGGGGGUUGGCUGCGUUGGCUGCGGGGGGGGCAGGGGAGUGGGCGGAAGACGGCGAGAGGGACCCAGCUGCCGCUGUGGAGAGGGUGGGGAAGAAUAGGCGCGAGUUUGUGGAGAGCGUUCAGAAGUUGGUCCACAGUGAUGAUCCGGUGACGUCGGCAAACGAAGAAGACGGACUGGGAGAGGAUCUUCUGGAAGCCGUGGAGGCCGUCAGAAAAAUCCUCGAGGAAUCCGGAGACGGCGGCGGGGGGUAG